CAUUUUUUUCCAAGAAAUAGAAUAAGUACAAAUUAUUUCAGUCAUCUUUUGACCAAGCAAUAGUUUCCUGUUAUAUGAAGUGAAGUGUGUACAUGAGCAAAGCCUGAUCUUAACUCUAAGGAGAUAAGUCCAUGUAUUGUUGGGUGAUUACAUGUCUAAUAUUGAACUGAAGAGGAAGUCGGGUCAUUGUUUGUGGAAAAGCUAAUGGUGGUAUAACUAUAAUUGUUCCAUAUAUCUUUGUUUCAUGCACUACGUCACCUGUCUAUUGUGUUACAGCUACAAUACAUCAAAAGCUUGGAUCAAUUUGUCAGGUCAAAUAUGAUUGGUCAUUUAACACUUGCUAUGAUGCGGGCACAGGUAGCAUUUGUAGUCUUUGUUUCUUUGUCUCUUGGGAGUUUCACUUGCUGGUUGAUUAUUUUUGGUCUUGCAUUUUCUUCUGUGUUUUUUGCCAUGGAACAGAACUGGCCGUUGCUGGACUCAGCUGACCCUUUAGAUGUGGUGUACGCAGAAUAUUUUCAGUGAAUAAUGUCUGGUUACAUCAGCCACAAAAACAAGCACAGAGUUGAGCUGGGGAUCUCCUGUGGUCUAUAAAUCAUCUCACUGAAUUAAGUAAUUGCCAUUUAAUUCAGUUGUUUUGAAUUUUUUAAAACUGCUUUUGUACUGAGCUUCCAUGUGGAAAUGUGAAAUGGUCUGGAGGACUUCUGGCAUGGGAAAUAUCUCUGAGCUCUUUAUUAAGCAAGAUGAUCAUGUGCCUAUAAUAUAAUAGAAAUAUCACACUGCAUGCAACUGUUCUCAUAUUUAAAAACUUAUCUUGAUGAAGGAAACCAGGGAAUAAUUGUUAAACACUUAAAGAAGAGAAGAAGAAAACAAGUGUCGAAAUUACUAGUUUUGUAAUAUGCGAUGUCAUUUUUUUAUGCUGAUGUUUUUUCUUGAAAAGAAGUGAUUGCUUUGCUUUGGAAAGGAGUCUAUUAGGACUGGAAACUCUGCUUUCUGGGAAAACGGUAUCAGAACAUUGGAAGCCAGGUCAUAUAUAAAGUAAAAACCUACAUCCUUUGCUGUAGGCAGGUGAGCUUGCAUAUAUGACACUGGCGGCUCUUAGAAUUUCAGAUAUAUGCAAGUGUCACAGAUGUUGUAGCAAGACUAUAACACAUUUUAUAGCCAGUAGCAGUCAUUAUUAGCAGUAGUUUUCAUACAUGAAUGAUUGGAAUAGCUUUAUCCUUGUGCCUUGUUAUGGCAAUUUUGGGGAUGGAAUCUUGAAAACAAGAGAAAAGGGGUCAUUUGUGGCAGUUUCCAGUUGAUUUAAGCAUGCCCUUGGCGCAAGAACCCAGGUUCCAAGACUUAAGACUGUAAUGACUCUGUGAUGUAAGAGUUAUAUCAGAGCUACAGUGGUACUGGUUUUUAUGCAGAUUUUUUUAUUCAGCUAUAUGUGGAUUGGUACCAAGAACAUGGCUUUUGUUGGUUUUAUGUUGCUGUAUUUUUUGGCAACUUUCAAAACAAGGCACCAAAGUUAAGAGAUCUAACAGUCACGGAGUGAAGAAACAACCUCGAGCAGUUCUUCUGAUUGUAGAAGAGGCAUAAACUAAAGGCUAGGCAAUACAAACCUUUACCUGACUCACAUCUUACACUUUAUGCUACCAGCAUUGAAAAAUAUUGCUUGUGUGCUAAAUUAUUAAGUAUUCUGAUGUGAGUUAUUUCCAACACAUUGCUUGGAACUUAAACAACGGAAAGAUUGGAGAUCUAUACAAUUUUGCAAGAGGGAAAGAAGGACUUGAAAUGGCAUAUGAAAAAGCAUUUUCUUGGUUGAACAAUGUGUUUGGAUACGAAGAUCCAGCUCACCUGGACAAAUUAGAUGACUUCUCCAGUCUCAUAGAUGUGGAGGCAAGUUUAGCCUCUGAUGAACUGCUUCACCAGCUGCCACAGGAUUUAGAGCUGCCUAUAUUAGAAGAUGGUAUGAGUCCUGGAGAGUUGGGGGAGUUUGACUUUGGUCCAGACUGGAUGGAAACAGAUGGGUUGAGGGACCCUGGGGAUAACAGCAGUGACAGUGGCAUCAGCAGUGUUAGUAUCAAACAAGAACCUUUCUCCCCUGCUCUGUCUCAUACCUCAGAUUGCUCUGGUGACUCCUUCCUUCAGCAGACCCCCCUUGAUCAGCUGCCAUUGCUGAACCAGUUUGAUGUGAAGCUUGAGAGUCCUCCUCCAACUCCUCCCCAAGACAACAGUGACAGUGCAGUCCAGUAUAUACAGCCUUCAGCCAUUAGUUGUGGUGUCACAUUCCAGAAGGGGGCAGCAGCAGCAGCUCAACCCGCACACAGCAAGCCACACAUUACCACAGUAAAACUGACACAUGUAACGGGACUGAACCCAGACAGUAAGCCACUGCCACCCAAAGUUGUCAAUGUGUUGAAUUCUAAAGUGAAGAUACAGCCCAAGUUACCCAAUAGUUCUGCCUGUGUAACCCCUGCACCCUCCCCACCGCCACCAACGCCACCUGGUGUAGCACCUGGCUCACCCUGUGCAGGUAGUCAAGGCACAGCUGCCUCCAAACCCCUAGUUCUCACAGCUGAAGAGUUUGCCCGGCUUACUGCCCAGGGAGUACUGAAGUUCCAUCCCCCAGAGCAGGAGGCCAACAAGACCAACAGCUCAGUAGCACAGUGUAUCCCAGUACCACAGGGAGAGGAUGUGAGUGUUUGGAAAUGAUAGCCUGACUUCUACA